ACUCAACAGAUUCUCAACUAAUAGCUUUCUGUGUCAGUCAGAAUCCAGAAUUUCCUCUGAAUUGUGAUUUUUGUUAGUGCACAUACUCUGCUUUUGUGCUGCUGUUGGUCUUAGCGGAUUUCUCAUAAUUUGCUGACCGGCUAGCAGUCAGGAUGACGGACGCCAAGCCAAAGGAUUCGUCGGAGCAGGAAUUCAAACUCGAGCCGGAUACCGAGUUGAGAUUCGAAGUAGAAAAUCCGGAUAACAAAUCGGAAAAAGUUGUGUUGGAGCUGAAAUCGGGGCACGCUGAGAUCUUUGGGACCGAACUGGUGAAGGACAAGCAGUACUUUUUCUGUUCCGGCGCUAAGGUGGCUGUUUUCACAUGGCACGGUUGCACAUUAGAACUGAAAGGCAAAACGGACGUAGCCUACGUUGCUAAAGAAACGCCGAUGGUCAUGUAUUUGAAUGUACACGCUGCCCUGGAAGAGGUGAGGAAAAAUUCAGAGGCUGAGGGGAAGAGAGGACCCAUCGCCAUGAUCGUGGGCCCUACGGACGUUGGAAAAUCAACGCUGUGCAAAAUUCUGCUCAACUACGCCGUAAGGGCCACCCGAAGGCCGAUUUUUGUAGACCUCGACGUCGGGCAAGGACAGAUCUCCGUUCCUGGCACCAUUGGUGCCCUGUUAGUUGAAAGACCUUCAGGGGUGGACGAAGGGUUCUCGCAACUGGCGCCGCUUGUGUACCACUACGGACACAACAAUCCUGGCGCCAAUACAGCUCUCUAUAAUACUGUAGUCACCAGUCUGGGAGAAGUCACGAUGGAUCGCAUGAGGUCCAACAAAAAAGCUAACCACUCUGGAGCAAUCAUCAACACUUGCGGCUGGGUCAAAGGCGACGGUUACCACCAGAUCCUUCACAUUGCCCAAGCCUUUGAGGCCGACGUCAUUCUUGUUUUGGACCAGGAAAGGCUUUACAAUGAAUUGGUCCGUGACAUGCCCGACAGCGUGCGGACCGUCUUCUUGCCAAAGAGUGGAGGAGUCGUGGAGAGGACAAGCAAGUCUCGAAUCGAUUCGAGGGACGCCAGGGUGCGCGAGUACUUUUACGGCACCAAGACCAACCUUUACCCCCAUUCGUUCGACGUCAAGUUCUCAGACGUGAGGAUCUACAAAAUCGGCGCUCCGUCGUUACCUGAUUCUUGCAUGCCGCUCGGCAUGAAAGCUGAGGAUAACAUGACCAAGCUGGUGCAGGUCACUCCAGGAAUGUCUGUCCUCAACCACUUGCUAGCCGUCAGUUUUGCCACGGGCGUCGAAGAGGAUGUCAUCAGGACCAACGUGGCCGGAUUCGUUUGCGUAACCGAAGUUGACAUGGACAGACAGACAAUGACUGUGUUGUCCCCACAGCCACGACCUCUGCCACAGACCCUGCUGCUGCUGUCUGAAAUCCAGUUCAUGGAUAGCCACUGAAAGUAAGCGGUUUGGGGGACUUCGCUGAAAUAAGUGUCCUUCAAACCUGUGCAAGAGAUGAAAACCUCGUGAACAGUUUAGUGACUGUGACUGCGUAAAAGUGUGUUUGUAUGAUGUGUCGCUUCAAGACUAGUUCUUGUAAAUUAAAUAAUUUUGAAAGUUGUU